UCAGUAAUUAGUUAUAUAAUAAAAUCAAGCAGCCUGAAAGUCUAAAAUGGCGGAGUUGGGAGUCGAAAGCAACGGUAUAAUUACGAGCCCGCGCAAGCUCCAAGAAAUGACUCUUCCCACAUCAGAAGUUCAUGAUGUAACCACAGCAAGUGGAAUAAGUAUGAAGCAAUACGAAGACCAACUUAAUUCUUUACGUAAGGAAAAUUUCCAUCUCAAGUUAAGGAUUUAUUUCCUUGAAGAAAAACUGGGGAAUGGAGCGCCGCCUGCAGUUCAGGGUUUGUUAGAACACAAUGUUAGACUCCAAGUGGAAAUGGAGGAACUCAGGAAGCAGUUAACAGAUAAACAAGAGCUCCUAGCAGCUGCCGCGGAAGCAAUCGACGUUUUGGAGCAACAGGGCUCAAUUUCAAAUGACAGUAUUGAAAUGUCAAUGAACAACGGUUUUGCUUUGAAAGAAGAAUGUGUGAAACAGACUGAAGAUAAAAAAAAAGCAGAAGAGAAACAAGAAGUGGUGGAUGAAACAUGCCCCGAAUCGGAAUCGGCCAUUGAUUGCUUGGGCACAACAGUCAACAAGGAAGAAUUGGACGAACUUGAAAGGUUGCGCAGAGAGAAUCGUAAAGCACUGCAAAUGAUUAAGGGUUGCAUGAAGAAAAUACAACAGCAAGAUAAAGAAAUUAAAAAGCUGAAAUUGGACAAUGAAUUGGCAUACGCACAAGUUAGCGAUUCUCAACUGGAAAAAUACGAAGAAAUUUUGAAAUGUAAAGAUGAACAUAUUAAUGAUCUAGAAAGUAAAGUCCGAGAACUUCAAAAAAAUACAGAAAAUAUACAAUGUCCUGACACCGCUGGCAAUCUUCAAGAACUUUUAACUCGUCGUCUACAAGGACUUGCAUUUUUCUUGGACAAGCUAUUAUCUCACAAGUGCGUUCUUGGCGAAGAAAAGAAAAAAUUGGCUGAAAGUAUUCUGGAACAAAGUUUGGCUUUGCCCGUGGGUUUGAAAUUGGAUGAGUCGAUGGCCCCUGAAGAUUUCACUAUGGAUGAAAGCAACCUUGAUUUAUCACAAUCAAUGAGGAUAGAAGAUUUAACCUUGAUGUUUGGUCACCAUAUGCGGUGCAGUGAGGAUAAUAUGUGUGGAUCAAGGCGGCACGCCUACGGAAAGCGUAUUCCCCAAGCCGAUCUUAUAUCCGAGUCGGAAUGUUGGUCGGAACCAGACAGGAACGUGUCACUCGCGCGUGUCGGCCUUUGCGACACCGGGCUUGCAGCUCGAGAGUCUGCUUCCGAGAAUAACAAGUAUCGUACACGGCGAUCUCGAAUUUCCUAUGGAUCUCGGUCCGAGGACAACAGACCUUCCAAUGAAGUUGCUAUGCUUGACGAAAUCACAGAAUUAACAAAGCGAACUGAAGAGCUUGAAGAUAUAAAGAAUGAUUUAAAUAGCAAAUUAGAUUUUGCUAUGUGCCAAAUUAAAGAACUUGUAACAGAGAAAGACGAGUUAAAAGCAGCGUUAAUCGAAGAACGUCUAAAAACAUCACAAGCAAAUGAUGAUCUCGUACUUUUGAAAAAUGCCCAGCUCACUUUUGAAUCUAAGUUUAAAGAUGUUGAACAACAACUGUCGGAUGCCAUGAAGGUAACAGAAAAGUUGCGCGCUGAAAGACAGGAAUUCGAAUCUACUUAUUUGGAAACCGAGCGCUCACUGAGACGCGCUGCAGAUGAAGCUACCGUGCAAGCGUCACAGGCGGCACUGGAGCGAGCUCGAGCACAACACGAUAGACUACGGUUUGAAAAAGAAUUGGAAGAGACUCGAGAUAAGUUGAACACGAUUAUGGAAAACAAUGCCCAAUUAGAGAUAGAAUUGGCUCGUAAAGUGGCUUUGGAAACUCAGAAUAAAAUUGCCAUUAUACCUGAAGGUGUACCAUCUGAAGAAGACAGACCUACUUCGCCUGAUCAGGGUAUUGAUAGCGAUAGAUUAUCAAGUUUGGAACAAAGUGAUGCACUUGCUUUGUCACCUCGUUCCUUAUAUGAAGAAAACGUAACAUUGAAGCAAAAAUUGGCGAGAACAAAGGCGACUCUAGCAGAUACGCUAACACAGUUAAAUGUUGCCAACAUGAGAAAAAGAAGCGUGCAACGUGCAAUUUGCCGCGAAAUUCACAAAACUCAGGGAGUAUUGCGUAAAGCACGCGAUCAACUUGAAAAUCAAAACAAUUAA